GGAAUAUUUAGUUUAGUUUUAUGCAGUUUAUACAUUACUAUUUACAUUUUACUAGAAUAGUGUACAUAUAAUUAUUAUCUAUACUAACAAAAAAUUAUACUUUCCAGAGUUUUUUUGUUAGAAUAUUAUAAGUGUCAGAAAAUUAAAAUGUAUUCCAGUCCAAAUGCAGCACCAGCACCACCAGAUGGUUGGAUGCCUAUUCCUCAAUCUAUACCAAAAAACUGUCCAAAUGGACUUCAGUAUCUUUCAACAAUUAAUCAGUUACUUGUUAAACAACAAGUGGAAGUUUUAGAAGCCUUAUUGGGGUUUGAGACCAAUAACAAGUAUAUAAUUAAAAAUAACGCAGGUCAAAAAGUGUUUUAUGCUGUUGAAGAUAAUGAUUGUUGUACUCAAAAUUGUUGCGGGCCCAUACGACCGUUUGAAAUGAAAAUUUUGGAUAACUAUAAAAAUGAAAUUAUCCACUUAUCAAGGCCUUUAGCAUGCGAAGCCUACUGUUUUCCUUGUUGUUUACAAAAAAUUGAAGUAUUUUCACCGCCUGGGUGUUUGAUUGGAACUGUUGAACAAGAAUGGGCGAUUUUUUCAUCAAAAUUUACAAUACGUAAUGCAGCUAAUGAAGAAGUAUUAAAAAUCGAAGGACCGAUGUGUCCAUAUAGUUUCUGUGGAGGAGAUGUUAAAUUUAAAGUAUUAUCUAAAGACAAAACCACUGUAGUUGGAUGUAUAUCCAAACAAUGGUCUGGAUUUUUAAGAGAAGUAUUCACUGAUGCCGAUUUCUUUGGUAUAACUUUUCCUGUGGAUCUUGAUGUCCGUAUGAAAGCUGUUAUGCUAGGAGCUAGUUUUUUGAUUGAUUUUAUGUUUUAUGAGAAGUGAUGAAAUGCAGAAAGUGAUGGUAUUGGGCUUUGUUAACUUUGUUAUCUUCUACCGUAUAAUAAUUAUAUUAUGUAUAACUUUAUAAUCAAAACAGAGAUAUUAUGCAGUAAUGUGAAUUUAUAUUUUUUUUUCUUAAUGACUUAGUUUAGAAUCUUAGCCUUAAAUAUCUACUUUAAAAAAAAUAUAUUAUAUUAUAGUUAGUGAAAUACAGUUUUUAAACAUUCAUAAUUAAUAUUUCUUUAAUCAUAAAAAUAUACAAUAAUCUCAUGUUUGUUUGUUGUUUUCUUACCAACUUACUCUUAUUAGAUUUGACCACAUGACCUUGCUGUCAUAUGUAGUGCUAUUGAUUUUAACUGUAGUAAGUCAUUUGUUAUGAUUUCAGUAUGUUUUUUCAAUUAAAAUAUAUAAACUCAUGCUCUACGGUUGUCAAUAUUUAACACUGCAAAACAACUUUGGUGCGGCGCCAAUAUACCCACUAAACAACCAUCUUGCAUAUAAUGCACUGCUAAGGAGUACUCUUACGUAAAAUGUACUGUACUACAUAUGUAUGCUUAUUAGUUAUAAUAACAUAUAACUAUUAUAACUAUUUUAGCUAUAUAACUGAGAUUGAUUAUUUAUGAUAUUUCAGUAAAUACUAGUCAAUAUCGUUUACCAAAAUUAAAAAAAAAUUGUUUUGUCAUAUUUCCCUUAAGAUUUAUUGAUGAUAUUUUUUAUUGUUAAAUAACUUAUUUUAAUUACCAUAUUUAUUUUUCGAACAAAAAAUAUAAAUGUUUAAGUCGUUGUUAUCAAAUAUUGUUUUAUAAUAUGAAUUAAUAUUAUUUAACCAUUUAUUAGUUGUGUAUAUUAUUUUAACCCAUCUAUAACAACUAUUUUUUUUUUUUUAUAAUAUUACACUCAUUCGUAUUUUUUUUCUCAUUUGACACCUAUUACUAGCUUAAAGCCUUAAUGAUUUUUUAAAAUUUAUGUAAUUGAAAUACACAAUUAUUUUUAACUUUAACUAUUUGUAUUUAUAGUUUUAUACACUACUAUUAUACUAUAAGAUUGAAUUUAAAAUCUAAAUUGAUGUUUAUUUUUGUUAACCUAUAUCUACCAUACCACAUAUAAUUGUAUGCAUUUAAUUAUAUCUGACAUAUUACGCAACAUGACAAAGUGUUAUAUCUAAUAUGAAAUUUAUUUUUAUGCUUUGCUAUAUGUAUUUGUUGGUGUUUGAUUAAAUAUGUAUGUUUUUCUCAACAA